AUGACACUCAAUCAGACGAUGCGACGAAAGCGUCCACAAAAAGCUAAAGACCCAAAGUCACCACUACUCGAGGUCUGCCCUCAGAGAAAGGGUGUCUGCUCCCAAAUUUUUAUAAUGAAGCCCAAGAAACCCAACUCGGCGAAGCGGAAAGUCGCGCGUGUCAAGUUGACCACUGGGAAGACUAUCAUGGCAUACAUUCAGGGCGAGGGACAUAACUUGCAGGAGCAUAGUGUGGUAACAGUCCGCGGUGGACGUGCUCAGGACUUGCCUGGUGUCCGUUACAAGGUCGUCCGUGGAUCUUUAGAUUUCGGAGGAGUAGUCAAUCGUAUGACUGGACGGAGUCGAUAUGGAGCCAAGAAGCCCAAGAAAUAG